GUGGCAGCAGCAAGAAGAACAAGUUGGCGAAGAAAUUUUUCGCGAUAGUAAAAUUCGAUCUCGUGUGUAUUGUUUUGAUGGAUGGUGAUAUGAUAGUAGAAUUUUGUGCAAUUUGAAGCUUAUCUAACGUGUUUCCAAGUGCGAAAAGGUAGUUCAAAGUCCGACAAUUUGAAUGACGUUGUGAAACGAUGACGAGGAAAAUCAAUUCGAUUCGUUAGCAGAGUAUCAUCAAACCCCCAGUCUUGCAGUGCAGCAAAAAAAAACCGGAGCGGAGAGGAGGUCAAUCGUUUAGCACUUCCGCCGUCGUCGUAGUCGUGGACUCCGGUUUUCUGUUCGUCUAAACGCAUUAUUGGCGUCGUAAUGCACCAUCGCAAUACUGUUUUUCAGAGCUAGGAGAGUGAGAAAAUCGGCGGAAAGUGUUUACAUCAACCCGUGUUUCGAAGCAAAUAUCGCGUUGGUAUCUCUCGGAAAAGCUGUUCGAACGGGAGAGUGAAAAGAGAAGUUUCUAGUGAAGUCAUGAGAGCGGGAGAGCAAGACAAACAAAGUGAAUUAUUGUGAUUCCUGCCUGCGAUCGCUGAAUGGUAUAACCCACCACCCACUGAAGUGAGCAUCGAAGAGCAGCGGCGACACGCCAAGUUUCGUUCAAGUCGACAGAAGAGACCCGGUCUUUCGUCUGUCACUGAAACAGUUCAAUUUGUGUAUCCAACUGCGUAAUAAGAGUUUGACUGUGCCCGUAACCGGUAGCCAAAAGCAGUCUGUUCUGUGUUGUUAGUGUUGAUCUCGAGUAUCCGGCCUAGGACACAUACUUGGCUCAAACGAAAAUAGAGAAGAACAAGAAGGCGCAGGAUUUAAAAAGUGAUCAGGAAAGUAGCAGCAUACAAAGUGAUAUAGCAGCCGCGCUCGUUAGUCAACAGACUACGUUAGCCGCAGAGCGAAAGUAGACGGUCGUAGUUGUCGGUCUUUGUAGAUCAUUUGGAAGAUUGUAUAACGUCUGGUGUCCAGUAAACCUAGAACGCUGAGAAACUCCAGAGAAACACUUUAAAUCUGGGGCGAAUUAGGCGGUUCUCAUGCUAAACUACCGCCUCGUGUCAACACACUUUCUGAAACAGCCGUAGAUUGUUUAAGAACAGGUCGUAAAAAUGUGCAGAGACAGAGAUAUGCCACUUCGAUGAAUUAAUUGCAAAUUGUUCUUCUGUCGGUGCACCAUCAACAGUGUAUGUACGCGUGGUAGCGUGUGUGAUUAUUAUUCUUGUUGUCAUCGUUGGAGAAAAGUAUUGAGAUCUUUGGAUCCUGGAAGAAGUUGUGUUAAGGUGCUACCAUCGCAAAGUGUUCGUAUCCAACAGCGGACGAUAUUUCGCCACUACGAUUUCCACUGAAUACACCCUUCUCUUACCGGUACAAAUUAUCAUCGAAAUACCGUGCCAACCAAGCUAAGAUCCAGCAUAAGAAAAAGGAAAACAAGUUACCCUUUCCAAACAACCGACCACAUUCUCCUAGUACAGCGCCAUCUGUACUUGUGUGGAGUGAGAGUGUGUGCGUGUCCAUCCGAGCUGCAUACGAAUUCCCAACGUUUACCCUUUGAUUGUUAUUGUUCUCGACCGAAAAGAGCAACCAAUAAAUAAUUAAAGCAGUUGAAAAAAAAAAUUUCCAUACACGGCCGGUUGAUAUUCCGUCGAGUGAAGGUAAACCACGCGGAUCGAAAAUUGUGUUAACACCAUUCCUCUACCCGCACCCUACGUGAUCACCGCUCAGCCUAAAGCAUUAAUAAGCCUCACUGAGCAGAGCGGUGGUAGAGAGAAUUCGGAAGCGGUUUCUUCUUUUCUGUCGAACAAGCCAGAGGCAGCAAUAACUACAACUGCCCCACCAAUAAGCAAGGAACUGAUCGACGACAACGACUACGCGCAAUUUGCGGAGCAGUUUGCGAAAAUUCCACCCAAAAUUGAAGUAUUUGCUAAAAACGUUUGGGAAUCAGUUACAGCUUGUGUGUGCGGCAUGCGUCGCCCAUCACUGGGACAGAACGAAGACGACCUGAGUCGUCUUACAACGGUGAUAUCCCCAACGACAGCCAGCUUAUCUUCGGAACAAACGGAACCCGACGGAAGCGAUAACAACGGUGGCUGUGGCGACAAGAGUAAUCACAAGAUCAAUCACAACCUACAACAACAACAGCACAGCAAGAAUGGCAGUAGCAGUAGCAGCAGCAAAAAUAACAACAAUAACAACAACAACAACAACAGUUUUUCCAAGAACUGCAACAUCAGCAGCAGUAGCAAUAGCAGUAGCUUGGGAACACAAGGCGAAUCCAAACUGCCUAAUGUAACUAAUUCAUCUGAGUGGCAAAAUUGCAGAAAACGUAAAGAACGGCAGGACAGUACGUCCUCCAUCAGUCAGGAUCGGAAACUGAUCCGGUCGAACAGCGAGGAACAUCUCCCAAACUGUAAGGAGGUGAUCCGUCGCGUGUCCUCGCAUGAGGACUUUAAGAAACCCUCGCCGCUGAUCGAAAUCAGCGUCGACAAGGAGAACAUUAUCGAAGAAUCUGCCGAAGAGCAGCAGCAGCUGGAAGAGCAGCAAAUUUUCGAGAAGAAUUUGAAAAACAGUUCGGAGAAUUUGAAGAAAUUUUUCAUCGGUAGUGAGAGUCUUUGUGCAGCCAGCAGGGAUUCUAUCGAUAGUCAGAACCACCACAGAUCUGGCGACGUCGUCCAGCAUCAUCAUCAUCAUCACUUGCACAGCAAUCACCUGAGUCAUCAUAACAGAAACCGACUGUCACCGUGUCGGGAUGUGCUGAAAUAUCGCAAGGACUCAGACAGCGAGUUGGAUGAAGAGCACGCGCGACGUCGCAAUUGUGAACGGUUUUCAAAGACUCGUCCACCACCGGGUCGAAAGUCGGUUUCUCCUCGAAACCGCACCAAAACGAGCAAGUAUUCCAGUGGCAAGGAUAAGAGCGGAAGUGAGUACUUCUACUCCAAGCAUGAUUCGCAUCACUCGGUUAAACAUGAACGCCGGGGCUAUGGUAAAAAGGAAAAGACGUCAGAACAAAAGACACCCGAACCGGACAUCCUCUCCGACUACAACGACAACAACGUCCUGGAAAUGGGCCAAGAAGAAUCUCCACGCGAGAAACAGCUGCCCUGGGACCAAUCCUUCCAGGACGACACACCGGUCGUGUGUCAACGGUUCGCCGACCACAAAUUUGAACAUGCCACAAAGAUGGCAACCUUCGGAGAGGUUCGUAGUCUACCGCCGAAUGCCACCAUAAAGCAUUACGGGGGCUAUCGCAACUCGGAAAUUCACCAGACAAAUCAGAAACCGAUCCCCCAAGCGAAUAACAUGUUUGACGAUCGCAUCAAGACCAUCAGCCGUAAACUAAGUGCUCUGAAGAAGAAGCUAUCGCAAUACGAGGAUCGGUUCGAGCGGGAAAACGGUUACCGUCCAGCUCACGGAGAUAAAACCAGUGAUUGCUCCAUUAAGGCGGUCAUCGUGGAGAUUCAUAAACUGCGCAAGGAAAAAAAUCAAGUCAAGGCCGAUUUGGCGGUGUCCAAUGCAAAGCUUGCCAAGGCCGAAGCUGUGGCAGAGUCUCAUGAGGAAGAAAGCAAUCUUUUCAAAAUGAAGGAUUCAAUCGCCGAUAUCGAGAAGCGUCUUCAUGAGAAGCGUGAAACGGAGCACCGCAGUGAAAAUCUGGACAACCUCUCUAGCGACCAGUUGGUCGAGGAAAAAGCUUCCGUUCAGCGGGCCUUGCUUUAUCUGGAAUCUAUCUACGGACGUCCCACCAGUCGAGAGGAGCGCGAUGCAGCACGACCUCUUUACGAUCGUUAUCGUAUCAUCAAACGCCUGGUCAAUCGUGCCAACUCGAUCAGUGGACCAUGUGGUGCCAAUUCUCAGAUGCCAACCAUUUUGGAACACGAAGCUCUUGCCAUCGUGGGCACCACCACCCCUUCCACGGACAUCUCACCCCCAUCUGCCACCUCUAUGGUCCAGUCGCCUACGGAUACAUCGACUGCCUCGACGACUGCACAAUCGACCGAUGAGUCGGAAACUACUUCCAGUUCCAUCACCGAGAACAUCCACUCGAUGACGGUCGAAGAACUUUGGGAGCACUACGAUGCAGCCCGGGAGGAGAAGAAAGAACUCCGGCGAACCAUCAAAGAUUUCGAGCAAAAAUUCGAGGAAACCACUGGGCGUAAAAUGUUGAAAUCGGAUCGCAAAACCAUUGAAGAUACUUAUGCCUUGUACAAACAGAAGAAGGCUAAGCUUCGACUCAUCGAUGCUCUGUUCAAAAAACAAAUGUCCGUAUAAACUUUCUCAUUUCGCUCCUAUUCACAUCGUUUUCCAGACCCAAUUUGAAAUAAAAUCUUCCUGACUAGUCUACCUUCCCCCAAAAUCCAAAACCAUUCUCCGUCCCACCCAUCCCUUUAUUUAUUCCAUUUUCAUCACCUUUUUGACCUCAAUACUCUUAUUAAUUGUGUUUUUCUUUGUUUGAUCGGAAACAAACGGAAAAUUAUGCUUACCUCGCGUCCUUGGUUUUUUUUUGUGUGAAUAAUUGUGAAAUCUAUGGACUUGUUUAUUUUUGCGUUAACGGAAAUAAGUUUUAAGGCGUCGUGUCGACGGAAAGCAAAUGACAAAAAUCAAAUAAUGAAUCUUUACAAAACAAAACAAAGAGGGAAAAUACAAUGUACUACUUUGCGUAAAAGGAUCAGUCAAAUGAUAUACACUAUAUUUUUAGGCUUGUUUACUUGUUUUUAUUUUUAUUCGUCUGGUGUCUAUCAUCUGUUGUUAAUUGACUAUUGCGUAUCUUUAUUGGUUUGUGGAUUAUUACAUACAUUAGCGUUAGGGAUGAAUAUCUUCACGAUACUGGGGAGCUGUUUUAUGAAGAGAAGUGAUUUUUUUCUGUCGAUGGAAAUAUAUAAACAGUAUAUAUACAAGAAACAUAAGAAGAAUACAAUGUACACACUUAUACUGCAAGUUGAUAUGAAGAGAAUAUUUGCAUACAAAAUGGGAAAAAAAAAACAGAAUCGUUCAGUUUUGAGCUAAAGUGCAACAAUUUAAACGAUAAUAUUUACAUUUCAAAAUGUGACCUAAGCAAGAUACAUGUAAUGUAUUGAAUUUUUGAUUUAGCGUUUAUAUACAUACCAGACAAAACAAAAGAAGUGCAAACAUAUUAAUAACUGAUUUUCGGCGCACGAGGUGAAUAAAAUGAGCAUCACUGUUUAGAACCGUACUUCUCACAGACACUUACAAACACACAUAACAAAGUAUACACGAAAGAGCAUAACAACAUUGAAUACAACUAUAAUAGCAUUGAAACGAUAUUCCGGAAUAAACAAUAAAUCGUACCGUAUAGUUUUCUCUCCGAAUUGUAUUCAUUGAUAUUUAGCCAGCGCCUAAAUAUGACAAAAAACACUGAAAACCAUACAGAAACGGCAUAAGAAAAAGAAAUAAAACCAGCUGUACUCACUUACACACAUACAAAAACUACACACACACAAACGGACACAUGUAUUUGUAGCUCUUUAAGACUUAUUACGAUCAAUAGUUAUAUUGCUGGACAUGAUGAUAAAAACUGAUUCACCGGGAGAAGUCGAACGGUUCUUAAAGAACGAUUUAUGAUUAUCAUUAUAUUUGCUUCUUCGAUUACUAUUACAAUUAUGAUUGCUCUACGAUGUAUAUGAAGGCAUUAUUGUAUAAGCAAACUGCAGAUGGAAACAAAGCAGAACAAUGAUUAUGAAAGAAAAGUCAAGGAACGAAGUGUGAGCAGGAAAGUAGCAGUAGAAGCGAGCGAUUAUGGAUUUAAUAGGUUUAAAGAAGAAAAAAUAAACAAGCAAAGUUACGUACA